UGAGAGUGAUGGCGUCCCCAGCACGGCCUUGCGGGAGAUCUCCCUCCUCAAGGAGCUGGACCACGAGAACAUUGUGCGGCUUCUGGAUGUGGUGUACGGCGAACGCAAGUUGUACAUGGUGUUCGAGUACCUCAAUCAGGACCUCAAGAAGCUCUUUGAUGAGAAUCGCAUGGGACUGCCGCUGGACUUGGUGUGCAGCUACAUGCAUCAGCUCCUGAAGGGCAUCUCCUACCUGCACACCCACCGCAUCCUGCACCGCGACCUCAAGCCACAGAACCUUCUCAUUGAUGCCAAAGGAGCCAUCAAGUUAGCAGACCUGGGCCUGGCUCGCACCUUUUGUAUCCCAGUGCGUCCGUACACUCACGAGGUGGUCACGCUGUGGUACCGUGCGCCGGAGAUCCUGCUGGGUGCCAAGAACUACUGCACCGCUGUGGACAUGUGGAGCCUGGGAGCCAUCUUUGCCGAGAUGCUCACCACCAAGGCUCUGUUCCCCGGUGACUCUGAGAUCGACCAGUUGUUCAGGAUCUUCCGCACACUGGGCACCCCCGGGGAGGAGGAGUGGCCGGGUGUGACGCAGCUCCCAGACUACAAGAGCACUUUCCCGCGAUGGGAGGUCGACGUCAACUCUUCCUUCAUGCAACUCAUUCCCCGGCUGAAUGCCACCGGGAGAAACCUGUUGCUGAGCAUGCUGACGUACUACCCACGGCAACGGGUGACGGCCAAACAGGCGAUGGCGCAUUCCUACUUCCAGGACGUCCACAUGGUGCCUCCCCCGGGUCUCCACUAGCCUCCCGGGUGCCUGUGAGUUACAGCCGCUGCCGGUUUUGCCACAGAGGCCUUGUGCUCAGACCCAUUCCUCAAAAGACAGUUGUUGCUCACUCAGUUUAUUACACAGUGCCAGAGAUUGGUUGUUGCAGUCAUCUCACUCUCUUAUGAUAACACAGUCAUUAAUGUUGCGUCUUCCUCCAAAGUAUUCAGCAGCGUUGCUCCUUGCACUAAAGCCUUUCCCUCACCUUGGCUCUCCCUCAGGCCCCAUUCAAGUGUUUUAAUAGUUCUGGAAGUCAUGUUCUCCUAGGUGAGCUUUAUGAAGGCAGUUUUCCUCACAUGCACACAGAAAUAUGGGGACAGGAAAACUCAGCUCAGAUAAUUUAGACUGGAAUUAUGUAAAUAUAUACACAUAUUCUUGGAUGGAACUGUCCAGAAAAGGUUGGGAAUAGUUUUUAUCUUAUUUUACACAUUCCAUUGCUACUAUUUUGAUCCCCCUACGCUCCACCUCCCUCCAGUUUGUGCAGUGCUUCAGCUUGUGCACAGAAUAUGCCGAGUUCAAAAGAAAGGAAUCCAUUUAUAUUACCUGACUGAAUGCACUUUGCUUGUACUACUAAAAUUAUGUUAGUUGUCCACUUUGCAUAAAUAUGGAAUGGCAGACCUUUUCAUAUAUUUAACACUACUAUCAUACCUACCUUGUUCAGAGUGGGAUAGAUUUAGGUUAGCAAAUGUCUGCUCUUUUUUAAUGAAGUUGUUUUAGCACACUUUCAUGCAGGGUGUCAUAAACCAUUCCCCAACUCUCCGUAUCACCCUCAUGCCUUUCCUCUCUUCAUGCUGGCUACAACGGCUGCAGCGGAGAAACCUUUUUAGUCGCUCAUUUAUAAACAUGAGGGCAUUAGAGCACCUUUUUCAGUUUAAGUACACUACUGAAUGAUAACAAGUAUUUUAUUGGCAAAUUAUAUUUAUUUUAAAUUCAAACAUAUGUAUAUUAUAUAUAAAUCUUACCUGAAAGCCAUUUCCAGGGGUUAGCUCUGCAUAGUUUUACCUCCAGCUGGGUCUAUACGCAAACUUCAUCAGGAAAAAAUCUACGACACAUCUGUGAUAAUUUGUUCUAGUGGUAAUCAGAGCCCAAGUAGCAGGCAACCCUAAGUGUGGCAGUAGUGGGCAUUGCAGGGCUGGUGGCAUGGCCUGGUACAUUGAGCUGCCCCAUUGGCUCAGUCUUGUGUGUCAAAGCCAACCAUUCUCUAACAAGCUCAGACUCAACACGUACCUCAUAAUGUAAAUGUAUGACUGUGCUGCCUCCUAAACCACCUUGGCCCAGACCUGCACUGACCUCAUACUGCCAUAACUUCUCACAACUCCAAUAAAAUUAAUUAAUUGUGAGUAAA